CGGGGCUGCGGACCAGAGAGAGAACAGCUGAGAGGAAGGGUGGGAGGGGGCGAGAGAGAGAGGGAGAGAGACCCGCACCGCAUUGACAGAAACACCGAGUCAGAGCUCCGGUAGGGCCGACAGCACCGAGGAGGCCGUGGAUGCUCUUCUAAUGCCGCUGCGGAGUUGACGGUGCCCGGGGCCCGGUGCAGCGGAGCGGACCGGACCGGCGCAGACUAAGAGACGCCCAAUCUUUUGUGUUUGUCGGACGGGGAUGGAGAUAGAACACAGCGCUCAGCACUGCUCUACACCUGGACGCCAGAGCCGCACUGACCGAGGUCUGUGAAGAGGCCACAUCCGAGUGUGGACAGACGGACCAUAAGGAGCCACAUCAGUGAGCGUCCUCGGCUGUCAGGAGAACCAUCUUGCCAGUCGGGAGAGGUGACGGUCGAGGCCGGGCCAAUCGGAGGGGGAGAGAUGUUGGGGCAGGGGGGCCACCGAGUCCUGGCUCUAAUGUCAUUAGUUCUGACACUGUGGCACGAAGCAGCACCCAUAGAAGUCCCACAAGACCCAAAAAUCCUGCAAGACCUGAAGCAGCCCCCCACCAUAGUCAAACAGUCCGUGAAGGACUACAUUGUCGACCCCAGAGAUAACAUCAUCAUUGAGUGUGAGGCCAAGGGCAACCCAGUGCCAACGUUCUCAUGGCGAAGGAACGGAAAGUUUUUCAACAUCGGGAAAGAUCCCAGGGUGACAAUGCGGAAACGCUCUGGAACUCUAGAGAUCGGUUUCCGUAGCGGAGGACGACCGGAGGACUAUGAGGGGGAAUACCAGUGUUUUGCCACCAAUGACCUUGGAGUGGCUCUGUCCAACAAAAUCCUGCUGCGUGUCUCCAAGGCUCCUCUCUGGCCUAAAGAAGUGCUGGAGCCAGUAGUGGUGCCUGAAGGCAACUCGCUGGUUCUGAACUGCAGCCCACCACCAGGCCUGCCUCCUCCAUUCACCUUCUGGAUGAACAGCGCUAUGACUCCGAUCCCUCAGGAUAAGAGGGUUUCCAUGGGUCUGAAUGGGGACCUUUACUUCUCCAACGUUUUGACCAAAGAUGCUCACACUGACUACAGUUGCAACGCUCGCUUCCUCUUCACACACACCAUCCAGCAGAAGAACCCCUUCACACUCAAAGUCCUGACAAAGGAGCCGUAUAAUGACACGUCUUACAAUGCUACUGACACCUACGGUGGCCGCAAAGUAGCUGAGUCCACGCCAACCUUCCUUUCUCCCUCGGGGAGCGAGAGCUCCAAGAUGGUGCUACGGGACGAGCAACUGUUGCUGGAAUGCAUCGCUGCUGGACUUCCGACACCCACGAUCAAGUGGUUUAAGAAGGGUGGGGACCUGCCAGGGCGCAAGGUGAAGUUUGACAACUACAACAAGACCCUAAAGAUCAUCAACGUGUCAGAGGAGGACGCCGGGGAGUAUGUGUGCAUGGCCAACAACCAUUUAGGCAGCAUACGCCACUCCAUCUUUGUCCAGGUCAAAGCGGCUCCUUAUUGGCUCGACAAACCCUCCAAUGUGGUUCUCGCUCCAGAGGAAAACGGGCGCUUGGUGUGUCGAGCCAACGGCAACCCAAAACCCAACAUCCAGUGGCUGAUCAACGGACAGCCUAUAGAAAGCACUCCCCACAGCACCAGCAGACAAAUGUUUGGUGACACCAUCAUCUUCCGCUCAGUGCAGAUGGGAAGCAGCGCUGUCUACCAGUGCAACGCCUCCAACCAGCACGGCUACCUGCUGGCCAACGCCUUCGUCAGCGUCCUCGACAUGCCUCCGAGGAUGCUGGGCCCUAAAAACCAGCUGAUCAAAGUCAUCGAGAACAACCGCACCUUCCUUGACUGUCCCUUUUUCGGUUCUCCUCUGCCGGAACUACGCUGGUUUAAGAACGGACAGGGCAGUGGGCUGGACGGAGGUCACUACAGCAUUCAUAUUAAUGGCACCCUGGAGAUCAAACGGGCCAAAGCAGAGGACGAGGGCACCUACACCUGUGUGGCCAACAGCAUGCUGGGCAAGGCCGAGAACCAGGUCCGUCUGGAGGUCAAAGAGCCGACGCGUAUCAUUCGAGCACCGGAGCGCCAGUCGGCCGUUAGGGGAUCCGUGGCUCGCUUUGAGUGUAAGGUGAAGUCUGAUCCCAGCCUGCCCAUCACUGUGGCUUGGACCAAGGACGACAAACCUCUGGCCCUGCGUUGGAGGCUGCAGAAAGACGAGGAGUCGUUGACCAUCUCCGAUGUGAACGAGGAGGACGAGGGAACCUACACCUGUGCUGUUACAUCUGAGAUAGACCAGGACUCAGCCUCAGCCCGCCUCACGGUCUUAGAGGAAGCCUCCCUCAACCCCUCAGUCUCUAGUGCCUUGCCUCCAGACCACCCAGACCCUCCCAUGGAUCUGGACCUGUCAGACCCUGCAGCCCGCAGCGUUCGCCUCACCUGGAUCCCCGGAAACGACCACCGGAGCCCUGUCACGCAAUUCCUGGUCCAAUUUGAGGAGGACCGUUGGGAGCCGGGCAGGUGGCAGGACCUGUCCACAUACCCAGGGGACCUCAACUCUGUCAUCCUGCAGCUCGCCCCCUUCGUUAACUACCAGUUCAGGGUCAUCGCCAUCAACGCAGUGGGCCGGAGUCAACCCAGCCGGCCCUCGCCACGGUACAAGACCAGCGGAGCCGCCCCAGAUGCCAUCCCCAGAGGUCUACGAGGAUGGGGAUCAAAGAAGGACAAUAUGGAGAUAACCUGGGAGCCUCUGCUUGAUCUGGAGAGGAACGGGCCAAACCUGCACUACAGCGUGUGGUGGAGACGGAAGGAUUUGGGAGAAGGGUGGAGUAACGUGACCACAGUUGGAUCCAAACAUGUCGUCCACAACACAGAGACCUACAUUUCUUACGAGAUCAAAGUACAGGCCAGGAACGAGUUUGGACAAGGACCAGAGUCCAAUGUGGUAGUUGGAUACUCUGGAGAGGACAAACCCAUCUACGCUCCCACUGACCUGCGGGUGUCAAAGUUUGACAGCACAAAGGCCGUCUUGCACUGGAAGCCUGUGGACCUGAGCUCUGUGCAGGGAGAAUUCAAGGAGUACCGACUGUACUUCUGGCGUGAGUCCAGUCUGGUUCCUGGUCUAGUGGUCAGUAAGGAGAAGAAGACUAAAGGUUUCUACAGCAUCGCGGCCGAACCGUCUGGCAUCCUCAGCGACCUGGUGCCCUACUCGAGAUACAAGAUGUUCCUGGUUGUGGCUAACAACCUCUUUGAAAGUCCACCCAGCAACACCGUGGAGGUCACCACCCAUGAGGGAGUGCCCGAUGCUCCAAAGUUUUUCAGGAUUAACCGGAGAACUUUUGACACCAUCCACCUUGAGUGGGACAAACCUCUGGAGCCCAACGGUAUUCUGAUUGGAUACCAGCUCAAGUACCAAAUAGUCAAUGGUUCCAGAGUGGGUCGUGCCCAGUUGGAGACUCUCCCGCCUAACGUGACACAGUUUAACGUACGCCUUCCGGAACGAUCUACACGCUACAAGUUCUACCUGUCAGCACUCACACAGGUGGGAGCAGGGGAGGUCUAUGCUGAGGAGUCCCCUCACUUCGCCAAUGAAGAAAACCUUACUGACUCCACAGUUCUAGUCGAGCUUACCGAUGCCUCCGUGGCUUCAGCUUUCUCUCCUACUCCUCCUCCUCUCGCUCCUCUUCCUCCUACUACCAUGACUCCUACAACCAUUAGUACCUCAACUUCUGCCACUCCGACAACUUCUCUUCCUACUACUACUGCUACUACUCCUUCUACGACCACCGCCGCUACAGCCGAGGCGACCACUACCACAACAACUGCAGAGCUGGUCACCAUCAAGCGUACUGAUCAGAACGUGUUGGUGGCCCAUGGGCGGGAGAUCUGGAAUCUGACGGUGGAGCCUAACAGUAACUACGCUAACGUCAGCUGGAGACACAACUUCCCGGCCGGCAGCAGCGAGUUUGUGCUAGAGUUCACACUGGACAGCGACAAGUCGGUGAAAGUUGUACCAGUGAAACAGCAGCCACCCAUUACAGUGGCGGAUCUGAUCGCUGGCGCCAAGUACCAGCUGAGGGUUUACUCCCAUGAGCUCAACAGCGUCAGCAGCAAAUCUUUCAUCUUUAAGACCAAACCAGCCUACAUAGACCAGGUAGACAUAGCCACCCAAGGCUGGUUCAUUGGCUUGAUGUGUGCCAUUGCCCUCAUCAUACUGAUCCUCCUCAUCGUCUGCUUCAUCAAGAGAAGUCGAGGGGGCAAAUACCCAGGUGGUGGUUGCUUGACUGGUUUCGCAAAAUAUCUGGUCCGUGACAAAAAAGAUCUCCCCUUGGACCCAGUAGAUCAGAAAGACCAGGACGGAUCCUUUGAUUACCACAGCGACGAGGACAACAAGCCUCUCCAAGGCAGCCAGACAUCGCUGGACGGCAACGUGAAGGAAAGCGACGACAGUCUGGUGGACUACGGCGAAGGCGGCGACGGCCAGUUCAACGAGGACGGAUCUUUCAUCGGCCAGUACACAGUGAAGAAGGACAAGGACGAGACGGAGGGAAAUGAGAGCUCUGAGGCCACCUCGCCUGUCAACGCCAUCUACUCGCUGGCGUAGCGCCGUCGCAGCGCAGCCCCUCUCCUGACCUGGAGGGCGUUACGACAAACCCCAGCACCACACCCCAGACACAAACACACAUAUAUGAAUAUAUUAGGAUUAACCGAAGGAACACAGCCAGGCCUGUCUGGAGACUGCGCAGGCCUCCCUCUGCAAAGGGGAACACGGGAGUGGAAUUAAAUCACAGGCCUCUACUUUAGUUUACGGCUCAAAGAAAUUGGCCCAUCGAAGGCGGCGUUGGGACAAAGAAGGCUUCCUCGGAUCUCUGCCUAUCCUUACACAGACUUGAAGUGUGCCUUCAGGGCAGCUUUCAGCUCUUGGAUGCGUUCUUUAGAGAUUUUACUUUGGUUUGUUUCUGCUCUGAACAUUUCCAGUGUCCCCAUUCUCCCUCCCGCCUCGCCUCGAAGACCUCUGUGUAGCGUCCCGGUAAAGUACACACAAGAGGUUACACACAAGAGGUUACACACACACACACACACACACAUACACAUAGACACACUGGCCCGUCCUGUAACAUAUCAGCUUUUAACCAUCAAACUCAACAGGAUGCCGGCAGAUAUGUUUAUCAUAUUGAUAUUUACGCAAUGAAAGAUUUCAGUUUUUCCACAGCUGGUAGAUGAGUCAUUGAAUCUUAAAGAGUGCUGUAUUGAGUUCUGGCACACGUUUUAGUGCCCUGCAAAACUAUGCACUAUCAUCUCCUCCAUAGCAUUCUGGGUUUAACCUGGUUAAAAAAAGUACACGUUUUGGGUUUGUUUUUUACCAUUUGCAGGCUAAAUCCAAUGCGUUUAUUCACUCUGCCUUGUGCGUACUGAGACAUUUUUCUGACCUCUACACCAAUGUUGUACUGCAGAUGUUCAAAAUGGCCGCCACAAGCUGUGCUGCAGUAUGUUAUUAAUGAUACAUUUUGUUUGGAGCAUGGUAGUAACUUAGGCCAUGAGAAAUGGAAGGCAACAGAGAGGAACGUAACCUUUGCUUGUGAAACCCCACAGGACCACAACCUAUUGAAUUACCUAGUUAGCAUGCAGGCUAAUGCUGCAUUCAUGUCAAUUGGGAACAUCUGUUGGUUGACAGUGAAACCUUUGACAGAUGGAUCUGUUUUUCUUUUGACUUUGGUUUAUUAAUUGUUAGAUACAGUACUUUUGAAAGUAUGUUUUAUACCAAACCACACAUCAAUCCAACAUGGUGAUCACAUGAAAACUUAUAGUGACAGAGAAAAGUUUUUUUCAAGAUGGAUAUACAUUUGUGAAACCAGAAUUCUGGAGGUUGUGGGUUCCAAAUUAUUUUUUAGCUCAGAGAAUUUGAGAUUAAUCGUGUUGUUUCAAGUUUAAGACACAAAUGUCUUCUCUUUUUCAGUGUCGUCUGUUCAGGAAACAAAAUGUCAACACCAUUUUGCACCUGCAAAACACAACAACAUGUUGUAGUUCAAGCAGACAGACCAAACGACUGCUAACAUUAGCUUAGCACAAACCACAAACUGUAUGACACAGUUUUAAUUCAUGACACAAAAAUAACAAGUGCCGAACUAAUUGUCCAACACAUUUCUUUCACUUUUGAUUUUCUACUUCCACACAAGAUGUAAGAGCACUUCGGUUCAAAUGUGAGACGCUCAGCAAAAGUGUUCCGAAAAAAGCUUCAAUCAUUGAAAAGUAAAAAAAAUCUCCGUCUGUUGAACCUUACAGACGGCAACCCUCUAUUUGUCUAUUCACAAAUUUAAGCCAUAAAGCCUCGGAGGAGCCGGAGGGUUUUGCUUGAGCGUAAGCAUGAACACAUCUUUGGCUCACUUUAUUUAACUGAUCUGUCAAUUGGCUUCAUAUGCAAUGUCAGCAUUCGCCUGGUGUUUAGUCUGAACCCACCUUUACAGAAGGACACACAACUGAAAUGCAAUUCAUUUGUUGAACUUUAAAAAAACACAGUGUAUGGGCCUCGUGAAACACUAGAUUUGCAGCAUGAAAAUAUAUACAUCGAAAUCACAGCCACCUUAGAAAUGAAACAAAUCAAUUUAUUUUUUUCAAAAGAAGAAAUAAAAAAAAAUGUUUGAGGGAACACAACUUGUUAGAAACUAAACUCAGUAUUGUACUCAUCCUAUUUGUCAUGUGACUGUUGUGUUAGCAGACUGACAGUGUUUUGGCACUCAUCCUGUAGUUACCUGCUACUCAACAACACUGUUAAGCCCUCCACUGUUAAAUCGGAAAUAUCUUUACUGUAGUUAGCAACUGCAGUUCACAUUGUACUUAUAAUAUUUAUUUUAUAUUUCUGUUUAUUACACUAUGUGAAUAGUAAUAAUAUUAGUCCUUAAUUUAAUAAUUGUUAAACACACAUAUUUGAGCAACUUAUAUUGUUGAUCCACGCCAGAAAUAAAUAUGUGUCCAGAAUCUGCCAUUCUUCAUCAUAAGAAGCAUUAAACACAAUAUGUUCCAGAUAUUUGUAAUAUUUGUAGCAGCUGGCUAUUUUGCCGUAAGCAAAGAACAUCAACAUACCUGUCAUGUUUAUCUCUCCAUUGUGCUGCUCUUCUCGUACUCAUGUUGUCUUACAGUUACUCUGUGUUGUUAUUCAGAUUUAUGUAACAUAACUUUUCCGCCUCACAGAAAAUUAUUAUUGUUGUCUAUUAUUUAUUUGACAUAUAUUCUGUACAUGUAGGUUCUGAAAAACUCCUAUAUUUGUAAAUAUAUCAAAGUUGAUUCCCCCAGAAAAAAUGCUUUAUCCAAGAAGGAGAGAAAAAAUCACAAUUCAGUAUCCACCAAGCUACAUGUGACAGGUGCAUCUUUAGUCUGUCGUGCACCUUUGUAGCUUUGACUAACAUUUGCACUCUGAAAAUGUAAAAGAGAAUCAUUCUUCACUCUAUGCUGCCCUUUGCUUUGACAUUGUGAUACGUGGUCACUUCCUCUAUGAUAGUUUGGAUUCUAUAUUGGGAAAGAGGAACAAGUUAAAAGAUCUAUGAUGUAAAUAAAUGCUCCUGCAAUAUUCAGUUUGUAGCAUUGUCACACAGACACAGCUAGCCUAAAACAGCAUGCAUUUGCUGAGGUAUUGGAAGAAACUCCUUUUAACUCCAUAUAGUCCUUUACCUAAAAUGAGUGUCGUUGCAUAGCUCGGCCCAUUUCAGGGGCCUCUCACAGAUCCAUCUUAUACUUUUUGGGGAUGUAGCUUUCAUUUUGUAACCAGACUCCACAGUGACAACAUGUGCUCCAGUUUCAUUCCAGAUUCUGGUGCAAUUGGUGGCUUAUGCCCCUUUAGCUGGUUUACCAAGCGAAACAAACUGUAUUCCACUCCCAGCAGUCACUAUCUACAUACUGCAUUGGCCUUACAUUAGUCAACUUCAUCUGGCAAAAUUACUAUUCAACAAGGAUUUCCUAAAUGCACAAUGGGUUUACCAAAAUUGGCCAAUAGAAGGCUUUCAUUCCUUGCUCAUUUGGUGGAGCCCUCUAAUUAUGGCUUAGCUUAGCUGACCUGACCUGUUUGGACAGAUGAACUUUUUUUCACAAACCUAUAUUCCCUUUGGAAUAUAUAUUGGAGUUUUAAUCAGCUGGGUCUUCUCUCUGACACCAUGGUGUUACAGUAUGUUGGUGUGAACACAGGGGGUUGUUAGUUUGACGCACCAAACACAUACAUCUGACAAAAGCAGGAGGCUGCUGUUGAAAAACAAGAAAACAAGAAGGAAAAGUUCUGCUGGAUCGAACACUGGCCUGGAACAUAUAAGUCUGCACUUUCUCGCUGGACUUAUUUUCAUCCACAUCUAGUCAGGAAACCUGCAGCACCCUCUUCCACCUAGCCUUUCCUUGUUCCCCCUUCUCAAGUGGAUUCCUGUGAGGGAAUGUUGUAAACUGGCUAUAUAACAAAGAAAAGUGAAUUAUGCAUAUUUGCUGAUGAACAGUGCUUUUUUUCUUGUCCUCUUAUUCGUGCACGACGGCUCUCCUUCUACUGUCUGCAUCGUCUCACCUCACCUUCAAUGUGGGAAAAGAAGAUGUCCAUUUGCAGCUUAGUGUUUUUCUUCAUUUCAAAAUGCUGCAUAGUGUAGAAUUUGAUUGGUGCACACACAAGAUUUGCAAUUGGAUUUUUUGUUUUUUAACAAUUGAUCACAUGCUUUUUGGCUUUUUUUUAUGAAUUCUCAUGUUAGCAUCUUCAUGUUUCUAACGUAUGUAUCAGAGCAGCUCUUCAAAGUCUCGCUUCGACACGCAAAAUAAGAGGUUUUGUAAGGUACAUACUCAACAAAAAAUGGCAUAAAUAUAUUCACCAUGUAUGCGUGUAUGAUGAGAUGUUGCAACUUCUGCUAGCGACGCCUUCUUUAUAGUAAAGCUAUCUCCUUUUCUCUA